CUUCGUUGCAAAAAUGUGCACUUCUUUUGAAGAACGUUUAUCACACAAACUGUCAAGUUUUUAUUUGUUUGCCUUUGGAUGUAUGCAUGUUGCUCUUUUAGGUUGAAGAAGUAAUUUAAUAUUUAUGAAAUCCAACAAUGGAGCCGGAAUAUAGCAUAGCGGUUGCAAAGUACGAUUACACUGCAGAGGCCGACAACGAGUUGACUAUCCGUAAAAAUGAAAAACUAACAGUAUUAGACGACAGCCAACUGUGGUGGAUGGUUCAGAAUGAACGUUCUCAUUCGGGCUUUGUUCCGUCCAAUUACUUGACUCGGAAGGACUCUACAAAAGGCAAGAAGAACAUUAUUGCCAACUUGACUAGCAAGGUGUUAAAAAAUACAAAACGGACAUCAAUUGAUCCAACAGAAUCAGAUAGCCAGCCAGUUAAGCUAGGCAAGCAAGGUGGAAACGUGUUAAUGGUUGCCACAGCUAAGUACCCUUAUGCUCCAACGCGAGAUGAUGAAAUAGAAUUAAACAGAGGCGAUCAAGUUAUGGUAUUAGAAAUGGAACAUGAUGGCUGGUGUAGAGGUGAAUGUAAUGGCAAAACUGGCUGGUUCCCAUUUAAUUACAUUCAAACAGACACAAGUCCAGAGUACGUUAGUCCUAGUGACAUCAUGCCCGGUGUGGACACACCUAUUAUUUGUAAAGUAAGAACUCUCUAUAAAUUUGCUUCUCAAUCCCAUGAAGAACUUUCGUUCGAAAAAGACUCUGUUCUUGAAAUAAUAAAUAAACCGAAGGAUGACCCAGAUUGGUGGCAAGCACGAAAGUCCAAUGGUGAAAUUGGGUUAGUCCCACGGAAUUACGUUGAAGAAAUAGUCUCGUCAGUUACGCCAGGCCCGGUAAAACCAAAACAUCCUGUGACGUCAACAGUCGAGCGAAAAAAGAGUGAGCAUGAAUUUAGUAAUCGCGAUUGGUAUCACGGUACAUUGUCACGCCAGUUGUGUGAGUCAUUGUUGCGAAACCAUGCCAAAGAGGGAGAAUAUCUAGUUCGUAAUAGUGAAAGUAAGCCUGGCGAUUAUUCGUUGUCGAUGAAAGUUCCAGAUCGAAUAAAACACUUCAAAAUCUCCUUCGUUAACGAUAAAUACGUGAUAGGGCAGCGUUCUUUCGACUCGGUCGACAGCCUGAUAAAUCAUUACAUAAAAGCCGUCAUAUAUACAACCGACUCUGGUCAAAAAAUGCAUCUGGAGAAACCACUUAGUAAAACAUUAAGUAGAAAUGGUGUUGGUUAUUCGUGAACAUUUUGGCUGGUUGUACAGUAUGGUUGUACAGUAUGUUGCAUUUAUUUCCCAAAAGGUUUUUUUUCGUGAUUUUUUUUUAAAACUGGCGUGUAUUUUCCUGUUUCAUAAAAAUAGUAUAUUUAUAGCAUAAUUAAACUUACCAAGAGCUUUUAACAGAAUUGCAAGUCUUACUGCCUCUGCCUCAAUUUAAACUGAGAAAUCGACCUAACUUGGAGUUAAAGGUCCUAGAUUAAAACUGUUCCGUAAUUUAAUCCUAAAGAAAUUAAUUUCCCUCUUUUCACUUCAAACGUGCUUUACGACUGUGAACACUUCUUCAUUCUAUGGAAUUGAUGUUAAAGGUCUUGCGAAUUAUUGGUUACAAAAAGGUUAUAACCUAAAUGUUGCUCUCAUGUUCCGAAGUUGAGAAGUUGUAUUUUGCCCUUAUAUUUUUUAAUUGUUUUUUUUUUGAAUUUUAUAUAUUUCAUCCCUGGCGGUACACACAAAAUUCUUUGUUUUUACCCUCUCAAGUUUUGCUUGGAUGCUUUUUUAAUAUUUUUUUUAAAUGAAAAUGUUAAUUUCUUCUUACAGUAUUCUUGGUAAUCUAAUUGUAGGGGAGGGGGGGGGGAGGAGGGUUAUGUUUCUUAAAAUCAAUAAUUGGGUUGUUAAUAAAUUAAAAUGGGUGGGUUCUCAUUCGGAGGUCGUCACAGAUGGGAGGGGUUGUUUUUAAUGUUUUUAUUCAAAUCGUGUCGUACCUUCUUUAUACUCGAUGCGUUUUAUUAAUUCUAAUUUUUUGUCAGAAAGUUGUUGAGUAGCAUGCAGCUUUUUUGUAAGAUUUUGAAUACUUUAACUGAAAAAAUACUGUUCUGAGGUGGAAUGAUGAUUCUCAGAUAUGGGAUGCAAAAUUGAAAUAUGUCGUAAAAUUCUCCGAAAUCCGUUUCCCCCUUCGUCCUCUACAGCUAGGUUACCAAACGUUUCUAAUUUCACUUUUUUUAAAAUCUAUCUUCCAUAUAUGUCGCAAUAUCGUGUGUAUCGUUCUUUUUUCUUUUCUUUUUUUUUAAAAAAGUAAAUGGUUCCCAUCAGCUGGCGACUAAAACAAAAAAGGUUUUUUCUCUCAUUCAAAUUUCAGUUUUUGUUAAACAAGAUUACUCCUUGAAAAAGGUCAAAAAGCUCCUGAAAUGUCCUGGAAUUUAUUUUUCGAAAAUGAGUUGUCAAUCUCAGUAAAAGUACACAUAAGCUUUUCGUUUUAUUAAAUUUACAAAUCUUAUAUUGUCAAACGUUUCCGGUUGAAGCUAAACUAUUUUUUCCUAUAUGUGUUAUAACAUUGCGUCAUUUUGUUACGUUCUAACAUAUUUAUCCUUCAAAUGGCAAAUAAAGACUGCCUUAUUACGUAAAAUUCUGCGUCUGUGAUUUAAUCCUAAAAUUUUCCUUUCUUUCGUCACAAUGGUUUGUACUGUGGGUAUGUGUCAAAAUGCCACCUUGAUCCAGUUUUUACAAAUGUCAAGAUCACCACCUCUUUAAUGUGUUACACUUCGAUUAUUUUAUUUGAAGAAAAAUUCGCAAAUUUGAAAAUUCAAUAAAUUCGAGUAAUGAAUAUUUGCGAAUUGGGAAUUUACUUUAAAAAUAGUUGAUGGAAAUGUUUUAUCGGUUAAAAAAGUAGGUAAAUAGUUUUGGUUGUUAAAAGUAUUAUUAAGUUUUUACCAACUUUGUUUUGUCACUGAUAAGGAAAAGCUGUGAUCACUCCAUUAGGUUAUACAAAAGAACCUGGCCCCUCUGAAUAAAAUACAAUCUGUCUUUGUAAGAAUCGAGUUUCGUUUUGGUUUAAUGUUAUUUUGGGAUGAUUGUUGAGUGAUGAUAUGGUGUAGUGUAUUCAGAGAAAUCUAUGUUGAGAAGUAUGAGUAACCUCAUGAAAAUGGCAAAUAAAACACGAAGGAAAGCCAUUCACAACUUAGGAUGUUGUUAAGAGACUGGUGAUAUGUUAUCACCAGUCUCAGUUUAUAGUGUUAUACUUGAAUAAAGAUUAUAUAUAUGUGUUGGGAAACAAAACUGUUAUUUGGUUACGUUAAAGAAUGAAACUUUUGCGAGAUAGUAAAUUUUGGAAAAUAAUAGGCCUAUUUUGCAUACGCUAAUUGUUGUAAAAGAUCUCUUUUAUUCACGGAAUUUGUUCUAAGAAAAGUAAACAAUUUUAUGUAUUAAAAUUUUGUUUUCAUCCCCUUUUUUUUUGGACGACUAUCCAUUCGCAAAAUUUUUUUCUUCGGCAAAUAUAAAAAUCGGUGCCAUUUGCAAACGUUAAUACUCUAAAUUUUGCGAAUGUUUCAUCUUGGUUUACCGCGAAAGUUUCUUUCAAGUAUCUUAUUUCUUAAUACUAAAAUAUUUCCUCUUAAACUUCCCUCUUUACGCUUAUGUUCUUUAUGUGUAAGAAUUCUCACUAGUGUUGUAUCUUAUUAGCAAUCGUCACUCAAAUGACGAAGUUACAGAUUUUGAACGCCUUUGUCGUUGGUUAGUCUAUUGAUAGUCAAUACCCAAGAAAUUUUUGUGUAUAUAUAUGUGUAAUGAUUUUUAUAUGCUGUGCUCCUUUUCCGUGUGAUUGAAAAAAGCAUAUUUUUAAUAUUUUCUGUUAUUUAUAAAUUUGAUGUUUCACUAUCUGCUUAAUUCUGCUAAAAUAUUAGUUGAAAACCUUC